AUGGGGAGCGGAGAACAAAGAGGACGAUGGAAAUAUUGGUGGAUUACUUUGCGUUUCUCUUUGCUGCUGUGUUUUGGGGAACACGUUUCAGCUCAGAUAAAGUACUCUGUUCCGGAAGAAGUGAAAGACGGAUUCCUUGUGGGAAAUAUUGCGAAGGAUCUGGGGCUUGAUGUGGGUACUUUGAUGGAAAGACGGUUCCGUAUAGUCUCUGGAACCAAGGACGCUCUUUUCGAGGUAAAUCAGACUACUGGGUUCUUGUAUGUUCGUAAGAGAAUUGACAGAGAGGAGCUGUGUGACGGGAAUGCCGCCUGUAUGAUUAACUUAAAACUUGCUGUAGAAAAUCCAUUAGAAAUCCAUCACAUUUCAGUAGACAUAACGGACGUAAAUGACAACACGCCGAGUUUUUCUGAGGGGUAUCAGCAUUUUGAGAUAGCUGAACAUACUUCUGUUGGAACGGCCUUUCAAAUGCAUGCUGCACGCGACCCGGACUCGUCACAGAAUUCUGUGCGCUUGUAUAAAUUAAGUCAGAAUGAUUAUUUUGAAAUCGAGACUCGAGACAGCGACGAGGACAAAAUACCUUUUUUAGUUUUGAAGAAACUGCUAGACCGUGAAUUUAAAGCUAAGCAUAAUCUAAUUUUAACAGCUACAGAUGGCGGAAAUCCGUCAAGAUCAGGCACCCUCAAUGUGAGCAUUGUUGUGCUCGAUUCAAACGAUAACCGUCCAGUUUUCAGUCAAGACACAUAUACAGUCACUUUACAAGAGAAUGUUCCAGUCGGCACAGUGGUCAUUAAAGUAAGUGCUACGGAUGCAGACGAAGGCACUAAUAGUAAUAUAGAAUACACUCUAGGCAAAACUUUAAAACUUAAGGUAUACGACGUAUUUCAGCUGGAUGGUAUCACAGGCGAAAUUACAGUCAGGGCGCCUGUAGACUUCGAGGACACAGAGGUCUACAAACUAGAUGUGCAGGCCUCAGACAAAGGACAGCCUCCACUGACCGGUGAGAGUAGAGUAAUCAUCAAGAUUAGAGAUGUAAAUGAUAAUAAACCAGAAAUCGAAGUUACAUCUCUUACUAAUGUUGUCUCUGAGGACUCAAAGCCGGGUGCAGUAAUUUCUCUAAUUAGUAUAUCAGAUAAGGACUCUGGUGAUAACGGAAAAGUCUUGUGUAGCCUAACAGACGGUGUGCCAUUUGAGUUAAAAUCAUCUUUCCAUGAUAAUAUGUAUUCACUAGUAGUUAAAGGUCAACUGGACCGAGAACUCCAGUCAAACUAUGACAUCACAAUAACAGCCACAGACUUGGGUCAGCCUCCUCUGUCCACAUUUAAAACACUGAACGUGCAGGUGUCAGACAUUAAUGAUAACAGUCCAGAAUUCACUGAAAAUCCACUUGAGUUUUACCUUGUUGAAAAUAAUCCGCCUGGUGCAUUAAUAUUCUCAGUUAGCGCUUCUGACAAGGACAUAAAUGAAAAUGCUGUGGUUUCAUACCAUGUUGUUAGAGGAGACGGGACACAAAAUGACAUGACAUCUUUCCUCAAUAUAAACUCUGAGAACGGAAAUGUUCGUGCACUAAAGAGCUUUGAUUUUGAGAAAGUUAAAAAUUUUCAGUUCCAUGUGGUCGCCACAGAUGGUGGUGUUCCACCUCUAAGCAGUAAUGUAACUGUGAAAGUGUUUAUUCUGGAUGAGAAUGACAAUGCUCCAGUCAUCUUGUCUCCAAUCAACACCAAUGGCUCUGCUGAAGGUGUGGAGGAGAUUCCCCGAAAUGUGAACGCAGGCCAUUUGGUGACUAAAGUCAGAGCAUAUGACGCUGAUAUAGGAUACAACGGCUGGUUGUUAUUCUCACUGCAGGAAGUUACUGACCACAGUCUCUUUGGUCUGGACCGCUAUACAGGACAGAUAAGAACCCUUCGCUCAUUCACCGAAACUGACGAAGCAGAGCAUAAACUAAUCAUACUGGUUAAAGACAACGGGAACAUUUCACUUUCAGCAACAGUGACUGUGAUUAUCAAGGCUGUGGAGCCAAAAGAGGCUUUUGCGGCUUCUGAUGUUAAACACGUGGUAAAAAACGAGGAGGAAAACAGCCUGACAUUUUAUUUGAUGAUUACCUUGGGCUCAGUUUCAGUGCUUUUUCUGAUCAGUAUCAUCGUCUUGAUCGUAAUGCAGUGUUCCAAAUCUACAGACUAUUCCUCCAAGUACUUACAAGAUACAAAUUACGACGGGACACUGUGUCACAGCAUCCAGUACAGAUCGGGAGACAAACGUUAUAUGUUAGUUGGGCCCAGAAUGAGUAUCGGUUCCACUAUAGUACCAGGCAGCAAUGGGAAUACUCUAGUUGUUCCAAACAAAAGGAGCUGGGAUUCUGGAGAGGUAAGAUGUGACUACAUUUCUCCUUUCCUUUCACAGAAAUCUUAUGAAUAA